GCUCCCCGGGCCGCAGGGGGCUUCGCGGGCCUGGGAGCUGGCGGCGGCCGCAGCGCCUGGGCGGGUCUUCUCGCCGCGCAGCCUGGGGUUGGAGCGGGGGAUGCGAGGGGCCGCGGGGAGCCUGCAGCCGGAGUGGCGCGGAAUUAGCUGGCGGGACGGGGGCGGGCAGGAGCGAAGAGAGCGGCGUCCCGACAGGCGUUCGCCAGGGGCGCCCCUACCGGCCGAGGGCCCCCUCUCGCCCGCCGUCGCCGUGGCGACGGGCGAAGCCGCGGCGCGGCCUGGCGCGGAGGCCGGGCUCAGGGUCCAGGGUCCGGGCCCCGGAACCUGUUUGUCCGCCCUGUCCUCAGCGCCAUGGCCGCCGAGGUGGCGGUGGUGGGAUCGUGUAUGACCGACCUGGUCAGCUUUACCACGAGAUUGCCAAAAGCUGGAGAAACUAUCCUCGGACAGAAGUUUUUCAUUGGUUUUGGUGGGAAAGGAGCCAAUCAAUGUGUCCAGUCUGCUCGACUUGGGGCCAAGACCUCUCUGAUCUGCAAGGUUGGGAAGGAUUCCUUUGGCAAUGAUUAUGUUGCAAAUUUGAAGAAGAACGGUGUUUCUACAGCAUUUGUAGGUCAGACUGCAGAUGCUGUUACUGGAACUGCUUCAAUAAUUGUCAACAGUGAAGGACAGAAUGUUAUUGUCAUAGUUCCAGGAGCCAAUCUGCUUUUAAAUUCUGAAGACCUGAAGAGAGCUUCUGAUAUCAUCUGUAAAUCCAAAGUGGUUGUCUGCCAGCUAGAAAUAACCCCUGCUGUUUCUCUUGAAGCGCUGAAAAUGGCACGUGCUAGUGGAGUAAAAACCUUGUUUAACCCUGCUCCAGCCCUUGCUGACCUAGAUCCAGAAUUUUAUACCCAUUCUGACAUCUUCUGCUGCAAUGAAACUGAGGCAGAAAUUUUAACGGGCAUCCCAGUUGGCAACCUUGAAGAUGCUGAAAAGGUGGGACGCAUGCUGUUAGAAAGAGGGUGUAAGCUCGUAAUUGUUACUCUUGGAGCAGAAGGCUGCAUGAUGAUAUCAGUAGAAGAACCCAUUCCAAAGCACGUUCCUGCUGAGAAGGUCAGGGCUGUGGACACUACGGGAGCUGGAGACAGUUUUGUGGGAGCACUGGCUUUCUAUCUGGCUUACUAUCCCGAGCUGCCCAUGGAGGAAAUGGUCAGGAAGUCUAACUACAUUGCAUCAGUGAGUGUCCAAGCAUCAGGGACACAAUCUUCAUAUCCUUACAGGAAGGACUUGCCUCAGGACCUUUUCUAAUUGAUAUUGUCUAGCUCAAUGUACUGAUUUUAUCUUAUCCCAGACAGCAUUAUUCUCCUCACUGCACAGACGUUCCCCUCCGCUGACUGGAAAGACCGGGAAAGUCUCUUUGCUUAUUUGAAAAUCCUAUUAGUUCCUGUUCUGCAAUAGUAAAGAUGGGACUGGGGUGGUUAUCUUUCAAACACAGCACAGGAGGUCUGUCCAGCCCCACACAUAACCCCUGGGCUACUGCCAUCCCAUCCAACCUACUAUACUACAUGGAAUGCAUACAAAGUUCACAGCAACGCAUCAGGAGGGUACUGCGCUCUUGGUACAUUUCGACUUGAUUUUAAUCAGACCUUCUGAUAUGUGACGCCAGGAAAUGAAGCUUUGAGAUUGUGACUUCAGUUCUCAGUUGCAAGCAGUGAGGUCAGUGUUCAUCAGCACGUGGCUCACUGAAUGCCCGGGGCUCAGCUCCUCCCCAGCCUGCAGCUCAUCACACAGCUCUGGGUACUGAGCUCUGACAACCCUUCCUGCGUGCCUCGGACGGGAGCUGCAGCACGUACUGGGUCCCUCACAGUGGACAGGAGCUGACAAUGCUACUGAGCCCAACUCUGAUACACAUCUGUAGCCAUACUACUGUAAAGCCUGCUUGAGACAGCUAAAGGAGAAAACCCUCCAACAAAAUCUGUCAGAGAACAAACCAGAGGACUGAUGUGAUAAUCUACUUUCCUCAUGCUUGACAAAAACCCCAAGUUAAAGCCCUGGCCUACUUACCUGACUUGGAAUAGUAUCGCCCUAUUAGCCAUGGUCACAGCUUAUCCAAAAGAGUGUCUUAUCCCACCUGCUGCCCACUGCUGCUUCCUAACCUAGGAAGGAGCU